CGGGCACGUAAUUUAUCAGAAUCUCAUCAUCAGUUUCCUCGGAAGCGAAUCUCAUCCAGAUGAUCUUUCGACGGACAAAGUUGGAAUGGAAUAUUGCCGUGACCUCAUUAAUAAAGUGUUAAAAAAGAAGAAGUCAUGGCCUCAGUGAUAUUACAGGGGCUCGAGAUACAUUUUUACCUGCCAGAGACACACCAGAUCAUUCAUCUCUCAGGAAGUUUCACAGCAGAGGAGCUGUGUGUUGAAGCUGCCAAGAAGUUGGGUAUAUCUCCACUGUGUAGCAGUUUGUUCGCCCUUUAUGAUGAAUUUAGCAAGAUCUGGUAUCCACCCAAUCACUCAUUCACUAUUGAUGAGACUACAAGACUGAAGCUUUACUAUCGCAUGAGAUUCUAUUUCACAAACUGGCAUGGGAGCAGUAGGAAAUCUCUUCCAGUGUUCAGACACACUCUCAAGCGAGAAACGGGGUCUGCGGGCACAGCUCUUCUGGAUGUAGCUUCACUAACGUACCUCUACGCACAGAGUCAGUGUGACUUUAAGAGCGGUCUGGCACCGCUGCGUAGUGCAUGUGAUGAGAAUGACGUCCAGCAGAUAGAAAAUGAGUGUUUGGGUAUGGCGGUGAUGGCCAUCUCCCAUGAUGCCAUUGAAAAAAAACGUCCUCUCUGUGAAUUUGAGUACAAGAAUUACAUCCCCAAGGUCCUGUACAAGUCCAUACGUCACAGGAACGUUCUCACACGUCUGCGCAUCUCCAACGUCUUUAAAGUGUUCCUUGAGGAAUUCACCAAGAACACUGUGCAAGGCAACGAGAUCAAUACCCAUGACCUGAAGGUCAAAUAUAUGUCCACUUUAGAAACUCUAACGAAACACUUUGGCCAGGAGAUGUUUGAACCCUCCUCCCUCAUCAUACAUGAGAAUGAGCAAGUGAUCACAGACUCCUGCAGUGUAGCUGGUGUUCAUUACAAGAUCCUGGUGUCUGGCACCUCUGGCAUUCAUUGGUGUAAAGUCCCCUCGGAGGCCAGUUCAGAUCCGUGGACCAAUCAGGAGAGCCGAAAAUCAAAGAGAAACAGUAAGAAACUGAGUAAAGCAGUAUCACAUGAUGCAGGAGAGGACAGAUGGGCACUCUUUUCAGACUUUAAUGGGAUAACGCAUCUUCUCAUCAAAUACUCCAUGGUUACUAUCCACAAACAGGACAACAAAAACAUGGAGCUGAAGCUGGCAUCCCAUGAGGAGGCACUGUCCUUUGCCAGUCUUGUAGAUGGAUACUUUAGGCUCACAGUAGAUGCGCAUCAUUUCCUCUGCAGGGAUGUGGCUCCCGUCUCAUUGGAAAAGAAUCUACGAGAGGGCUGCCAUGGUCCAAUCAGUACUGAAUAUGCCACCCAUAAACUCAAGCAGGAAGGUUACGAGGAGGGCAUGUACCUGCUGCGCUGGAGCACUCAUGACUUUGAUCAUGUUCUCCUGACUGUCAUAUGCAAUGAGAGGGAUUGUCAUGGCAGCAUCAGCAAAACCUUCAAGAAUUUCCAGAUUGAGGCGAGUGCACAGGGCUUCCUCUUGACUGGGACAGAUAUUGUGAAGCCCACUCUGAGAGAGCUGACGGACCACCUGUGUGGCCAGUGUCUCACAACAGACCACAUCAGCUUAAGACUUGAGCGUGGCUGUCCACCCCAACCCAAAGAGCAAUCCAACCUUGUCAUGAUAACCAGGAAAGAUUCAGCAUCGCCACCCUCUCUCUCCAAUAAUCUGGUCUUCCCUAGGAUCCUCAGAAAUGACAUUACCCAGGAGAAACACCUGGGCCAAGGCACCCGCACAAACAUCUAUGCUGGCAAGCUGAAGUUGGGAAAUGAGGAUGAUGACGGUUUGUCAGGCCAUGAGGUUGUGGAUGUGGUUCUGAAGAUGCUGGCAGCAGGAAAUUACAUUUCCGCCUUCCUGGACACAGUCAGUGUAAUGCAGCAGAUAUCACAUAAACACAUGGUUUUGAUGUAUGGCAUAUGUAUGCACAGCAUGGACGUCAUUAUGGUGGAGGAGUUCGUUCAGCACGGCCCUCUGGAUCUGUUCAUGAGAAAUCAUCGCUCUGAACUCACACCCUCCUGGAAGUUCCAAGUUGCGGAGCAGCUUUCCAGUGUCCUCAGUUAUUUGGAGGAUAAGAAGCUUGUCCAUGGGUAUGUCUGUGCUAAAAAUGUCCUGUUGAAGCUGGAUGGUCUGAAAGGACAAGGUGGUCCUUUCAUUAAACUGAGUGAUCCUGGACUGUCAAUCACUGUGCUCAGCCAAGCGGAGUGUAUUGACAGGAUCCCCUGGAUCGCCCCGGAGUGUGUUAAAAACCCCAAAGCACUGAGCAUUGCAGCAGACAAGUGGGGGUUUGGGACCACGCUGUGGGAGAUCUGCUACAAUGGCGAGGUGCCUCUGCGUGAAAAGAAACUCUUAGAGAAAGAGCGAUUCUACGAGGUGUGCGGUACUCUGGUCACUCCCAGCAUCAGUAAACUGGCUGAUCUGAUCUCACAGUGCAUGAACUAUGACCCAAAGAAGAGACCGUUCUUCAGAGCCAUAGUGAGAGAGCUGGACGAGAAGGACCUUCACCUUACAGAGUCAAUUCCUCCACAGGAGACUGAUCCUACAGAUUUCAAGAGCAGGUUUCUCAAGAAAAUACGAAAACUUGGAGAGGGUAACUUUGGGAUGGUGGAACUGUGUCUGUACGAUCCUAAGGGAGAUCAGACAGGUGAGCUGGUGGCCGUCAAAUCUCUGAAAACAGAAAAUGAGAGCAGCAACCUGAGGAGAGAGAUCAGCACCAUCAGAAACCUUUACCAUGAAAACAUUGUCAAAUACAAAGGCAUCUGUAAUGAUGAAGGAGGAGCGAACAUCAAACUCAUUAUGGAGUAUUUGCCUGCUGGCAGUCUGAAAGAAUACCUGCCCCGUAACAAAUCCAACAUCGAUCAGAAGAGACUGCUGCUUUAUGCUCUUCAGAUAUGUCAGGGUAUGGAGUACCUGGGAUCUCAGAACUACAUCCACAGGGAUCUGGCAGCAAGAAACAUCUUAGUGGAGAAUGAAUCACUUGUGAAGAUCGGGGACUUUGGUCUGACUAAGAGCAUCAAAGAUGAUAAGGAAUAUUACAAAGUGACUGAAGAACAGGACAGUCCUGUGUACUGGUAUGCUCCAGAAUGUCUGAUUAAUCGGAAGUUCUAUAAGGCAUCUGAUGUUUGGUCAUUUGGAGUCACUCUUUAUGAAAUCAUGUCCUACUGUGACCGUGAGAACAGCCCUCCACAGGUAUUCCUGAAGUCGAUUGGCCGGUCUCAUGGGCAGAUGACCAUGACCAGGCUGGUAGAUGCUCUUGAGAAAGGCUGGAGGAUGCCGCGUCCAGAUUCAUGCCCUGAAAUGGUGUACACUCAGAUACGCAGGUGCUGGAGUCACGCCCCAGAAAACAGAGUGGACUUCAAUAGCCUAAUCAAAGAGUUUGAGUUUUUCCUCACUAGAGAAAACAUCUAACUUCCAUUCAUCAGAUCAGAUCCACCUACAGAAUUCAGAUGCAUUUUGUAUUUGUAUGUAUCGUUCUCAUUAUACUAAGAAAAAUUAUGCACAUUACUUGCGCUUCAAAUCUUUGCCAGUUAAUCAUCUACCUCCAAAAACACUUAACACACCGCUUAGCACUCAACAAGUAUCAAGUAUUAAAAAGGUUCAUUUUAAAAAGCUGAAGCCACAUCAAAUUUACGGCCAGAGUUACUAACAGCUUACACCAGUGCAAACCCUCUUCAGGCAUUAAAAAACUACUGUCAUGAAAAGGCAUGGGCACAGUCAUUAGGCUUGUUCGAGAUGCAUCGGCAUUGCACAGAACGACCGCGAGUGUGAUUAGCGAGCAGACGACUCUUAAGCUUUUAAAUCACUCUCACCGUACGUUGAUGUCACACGCCAAUCGGUCUGCGCAGCGCUGAUGCAUCUAAAACAAGCCUUUUUUGCGGCUGACCUUAUUGCAUAUGCAUUUGUAGGAGUUUCCCUUUUAAAUGCAAAAUUUAUGGUAGAAGAGUAUUUAAAUGAAUCACGCAAUGUGAUUUACUAAGGUUUGAGCUAGUCAGUUUACAGUGGUAUUUGUGGCAUUAUCUAAAGCCCAAAAAAGCAUGUCUUAACCCAUUUUGCGCUUGACAUGACACGAUAGUUGCUAAUUUGCUCUGCUCUUGGUAGAUUGCAUUGGUCAUUAUGGAAAUUAUCUGGUUGUGUCUGUGUUCUUUAAUUUUCUCAUUGUCAGUAGAUCACGCACAGAACUUUACAUUCCUAUUGGCGCUUUUAUGGGAUUGCGAUUUCAUGCUAAUUUGCCUUGAUUAGUAAAUCUGGCCCAUAAUGUAUAAAAAUACAUGAAUUGUUUUAAUGAAAGAAAAAAUGCAGACGUGCCUUAAUAUCACAGGAGACAUAUUUGUUAGGAGUGUAACGGUACAUGUAUUCGUCCCGAACGGUAAUGCUUUCGGACGACAAAUACAGUCAGUCAUAGGCCCUGUCCCAAAUCCCACCCUAAACCCUCGCAGUCUUCCUCUGAGCUCGAAGAACUUCCUGCUUUUUUUUUUUGCAAUCCGCAGUGUGGGAAAGUUUCGGUUGACCGGCUAUAAUCGGAACCGUUUUUUUUACCAGGCAGAUCAAGCUCACUGUACACUAUGCUCAAAAUACAGGAAGACAAAUAUGUGGGGGUUUAUAUGAAUGUAUAUAACCGACUUCAGAAAUGUUUCAAUGGCAUCUUCUUUUCCUCUUACCUCCAUAUAAUACAUAUUAAAGUAGUGUUUAUAAGCGCAGGUAACCGAGGAAACUCUAUAUUGCUGCUGUUCCAUAGGUGCCACCUGCUGUCAGAGAAUAAAUUAGCAUUUUCAUUCAGUC